AUGGCCUUCUACUUCGACGACUUCCUCACCGCAGGCGACGCCGAGCAGGCCGUCCGCUACAAGUUCUCUCACGUCGACGUCCGCCCCGGCUCAGCCGCAAGUGAAAGCUCGGCCGGCUCGUCUUCCAAGAACAGCACCACAUCCCUCAUACGCGACAACAACACCCGGAGCAAGCUCGUCAAGAACACUGCCCGUUACGCAACCCCCGUCGCCUGCGCAACCUGGCCCUGCAAGGCUCCUCGCGUCGAGGAGAUGAACCGCAACCAAUUCUCUCAAUACCAUGCCCACCGCAUGGGUUACUCCUACCUCAACCUCUGA